GUGUUGUUGUGUCACUCAAACUAAACUAAACUCAAUUUCCAAUUUCCUUAAUCUUCUUGUGUUGAUGUGCAUGGAGAGAAUCAGAGUGAAGGAGGAAGAAGCAAUGACAUGUGGAGGUGGUGGUUCAUCAUCUUCAAGCUUUAUUUCUCCACAGGCACAGCCCAUGGAAGGGUUGCACGAGGUGGGUCCCCCUCCGUUUCUGAGCAAGAUCUUUGACAUGGUGGAAGAUCCUUCCACGGAUUCCAUUGUUUCAUGGAGCAUGGCUCGCAACAGCUUUGUCGUGUGGGACUCUCACAAGUUUUCUGCUCACAUUCUGCCUCGUUACUUCAAGCACGCCAAUUUCUCCAGCUUCAUUCGCCAGCUCAACACCUAUGGGUUUAGGAAAGUUGAUCCUGAUAAAUGGGAAUUUGCAAACGAAGGUUUUCUGGCAGGACAAAGGCACUUAUUGAAGACCAUAAAGAGAAGAAGAAAUGUGUCACACAGCAAUCAACAAAAAGGAGGAAGUGGAGCUUGUGUUGAAGUGGGGAAGUUUGGACUAGAAGGUGAGUUGGAGAGGUUGAAAAGGGAUAGAAACAUUUUGAUGGCAGAAAUUGUGAGAUUGAGGCACCAACAACUGAACUCAAGGGACCAAUUAAGUGCCAUGGAGGCAAGAAUGCAAGCCACAGAGAAGAAACAGCAACAAAUGAUGAGUUUCUUAGCAAAAGCACUAAGCAAUCCAUCUUUCAUGCAGCAAUUAGUCCACAAAACCCCCCAAAGCAGAGAAGUGUUGUUGGGUGUUGAAAUCAAUAGGAAAAGGAGACUACCUGCUUGUCCAAGUGUGGAGAACUUGCAACAAGAUAAUCAAGAUUUGGCAACUAUGGAGACUGAUAUGGACACUUUUUUCGCACCGGCUUAUGAUAAUGAAUUCGGUAAUGAAAUCGAUGAGCCUGCAUCGAUUUUGGUUGAGGAUUCAAUCUUGGAGGACUUUCUCAACAAAGACUUGAUUACUGGGAAUCCGGAGGAUGAAGUUAUAAUUGGUGAUUGCACCCAAGUCGAUGUGCCGAUGGAGGAUUUGGUAGCAAACCCUGAUGAUUGGAGUGAGCAAUUGCAGGACCUUGUGGAUCAUAUGGACUACCUAGGAUCCAAACCAUAGAGGGAUGAGAAUUAUACUAUUAUUGUGUCCUCAGCUUGGUCUCUUUAAUUUCAUUCACAUUGCAUCAUGAUGCAGGGAAGGUGGUAGAUACAGAAGAAGCAAACAAAUACUGCUCUUGUUUGGAUCCUUUAUGAAGUUUUAUGAAUAUUACUUGUGCUAAUGCUACAGAUCAUUUUAUUAAUUAUUUGGAUGACCUAUUUGUUUGCAUUUUAUGUUAUGCAGGAGAGACAAGUGGGGGCACUUCAUGGUUGUGAUCCAAAUAAUUGCUGAGAAAUUGUAAUGGUAUCAUUCUGCUUCAUAGGAUAUCAUUGGCUGGAUUUCAUUGUUCAGGAGAGGAUAUAAAAACUAUCAUCUAGUUCUUCUAGUACGAAUAGCCUUUCAGAGGAACCACAUUUGUUCCCAUUCUUUUUCCUUCAAAAAAUUGGAUAUUGUUGGUGCUAUGCAUGGUUCUUUUUCUAUUAA